UGUGUAUAAUGAUGGCUGCGCAAGACGAACUGGAAUUACUCGACAGAGUAUUCCUGCGGAUUGGUUCAGCUGAGAGCGAUGACCAGCUUGAGAAUGUUGUCUGCCGUUUCCUCCCCCCUGUGCUUCUUAAGCUCUCCAGUAGUCAAGAAGGAGUCAGGAAGAAGGUCCUGGAACUGCUGGUUCAUGUCAAUAAACGGCUGAAGAGUAGACCCCAGGUUCAAAUCCCCGUGGAAUCUUUACUGUUACAAUACCAGGACCCAUCUAGUAUUACGUUUGUCACCAAUUUCACGAUCUUGUACCUAAAGAUGGGUUUCCCGAGGCUUGAGAUCGAUAAGCAGGCUGAGCUGGCUCACUCACUCAUCAAGUGUUUAGAAGGGAAACCCCCUCUACAGCAAGAUAGUAUCCUUCAGAUGUUAGUCCCUACCCUGCCUCAUCUCAAGCUUCCAGACGACCACACCAAGAGGAGAGCCAUCUUUGGUCUGAGUGAGAAAGUGGAAACCAUACAUCUUCUCACCACCUUUCUCAUGGAUUAUCUUCUCUUACCCUACACCUUUAGUGAAGAGAGACCCAACACAGCACCAGCUGGAGGUCAGACUGGUGCAGCCAGCUCUAGUACAACCAGACCUAGCUCCGCCUCGCAGCAGCCCACCUACCAGACCCCGCCCGGUCUCAGUCCAAAUGCUCUCAAGAGGUUGAUAGGGGAACAUGGACUACCUGAUGCAAAUACCAUUGAGGAGUGUAAAGUCGGUAUUGUGCGUUUCCUGAGUGCCGACGUGCUGAGCGAAACAGACGUGGUUUGUCAUCUCAUCGUUGCAAGCUCUGAUACCAGAUAUACUGUGGCAACUGCAGCAGAUGUCUUUCUGAAGAAAAUUCAUAGUGUCGUUGACUGGAAUGACAUGACUGUUGUGAGAAGACUCUACACCCUCUUCCAAGGCAGUGUAGCGGUUAAAGGACAGCCCACACCAAAGCAAGAGGACAAGCGAUCUCCGGUCGGCACAAGAACUCGACUAAAACUCUUCCCAUACCUUCUAAGAUCAAGACUAGCCGCGGAUCAGUUUCCAGCAUGUGUUCAGGUCAUCUUUGACUGCCUAUACGGCGCAAACUCCAACAACAAGCUCAAGUCUAUGGCCGUACAGUUUGUGCACCAUCUCUGUGCGGCCUGCAGCGAUGCCCGCAUGCAACCCAUGGGACCUAUCCUCCUCUCAGGCAUGGUCAAACUUAUCGCUGAAGCCAAAGAUAAUGUGAAACUAAGGAGCCUUGCUUAUGUUGCUGUAGGAAGAUUAUCCAAGAGACUACCACAGCUAUUCACCAAAGAUAUGGGUCUUCUACAACAAUUCUUUGAUGCUGUCUGCAAGGAAGAGGACGACACCCGAUUGCAUGUCCAGGAGGCGUUGACUCUGAUGGCUGUAGCCUAUAAAGGGAUCCAGGAACCCCUUAUACAGAUCAUGGAAGUCCUUAUCAUGGCUAACAUUGAAAAGUCUGAGUCUCAAGCCAGGAAGACUGCGGUCCACUACGCAGCGACAGUGUUUCCCAGCCAUCAUGUAGCAUCCAGAUAUGCCUUACUCUUAGCUACAGGAGACAGCAAAGAGGAUAUUCACCAAGAGGCUGUGCGAUCCCUGAAGCUUAGGAGACAGUAUGACGACUAUGAGAGGGUAGAAGGUGAAGCUUCGGACGUCAGACCGGUACCGACCUUUGCAGAGAUGGUGCCUUUCAUCAGCGAGAAGGCUUCACAGAGAGUCAAGAGCUCCUCAAGAUAUGUGACUGGGACCACACAUCUAGCCUUCAGACCAGAGACCUUUAGACACGUCAUCUUCUACCUGCGCUCCUGCUUGCUCCACGACGCGGGCACCGACCUUCCCCCAGAGGUGCGAGAGCCUCUCCCCCUCGAGAACAAAGCACCCAUGGUCAGUCGCUACCUCCAGCAAACCCUCUCCAACCCCACCCUGCAGGCACCCAGGGGCAAGGGGAACUCCUCAGGCAUGGAACGGAACCCCGCCCUCUCAUACAUGGCUCUGAUUGGUCAGCUGCUGAAUGGGGCAGGGACUCCAGAUGUGAUGUACUGCCUGCUGGAGCUGGUCGCCAUGGCACCUAACAAACUGGCGGGGCAUUAUAUCAACAAGCUAGAUUGGAUCAAGAACUUUGUGUUUGGUCUAUCUGAGCCUAUGAGAGAAUGGGCUGCUCAGCUGUAUGCUGUAGUGGCAUGUACGACCAACGUAGACAAACUCAAUGCCAUUCUACAAAGUCUUAUCAAGACUACAAAAGAUCAGUCUGUAGAAGGCCAACACGGCUCGAUGCUUGCACUCGGCUACACCAUCGGACACCACCUCAACAAAACCAAGACGCCCAAUCAAGACCUGGUCGUGGAAGACAUGGAGGUCGAUAAGACGUCUUCCCAGGAAGCACUUCAGGCUACGAUCACCAAGGCAACAAACCUUUUGGUCUCAUACAUCGAUGACAGCAACAUGCUCUUCAGUCAUGGAGCAUGCCUGGCCCUGGGUGAGAUCGCCCGCAACGGUCCCCUCCCCAUCCCUCACGGUGAACUAGCCCAGUCCCAUGCAGAGGAUGGUAAGGUGGAAGAGUCCAAGAACAGCAAGAGGGGGAAAUCGUCAGGCGGAGGGACAGCGGAAGCAACUAAAGCCUCUCUCGUGAAGAAGUUGAUUGCGAAAUUGGAUUCCAUUAAAUUUUCUCAGAAGCUGAAGGAGCAAGCCUGUAUCACCCUUGGAUACCUCCCUGUAGGUGAUCCAAACUUCAAGUUCACCCAAGCAGUUCUAGAUACUAUAACUAUACAAGUGCAGCUGAAGGAGCAAGCCUGUAUCACCCUUGGAUACCUCCCUGUAGGUGAUCCAAACUUCAAGUUCACCCAAGCAGUUCUAGAAGGCCUCAUCAAGGCAGCCAAUAGCCAGAACAACAAGCAGAUGGAGCUUCACUUCAGCGUGGGUGAUGCCAUCUCCCAGGCGUCCCUAGGCGCCCUCUCCCGGUCAAGCAGGGAUGUCUGGACCGAGGAGGAGGGGGAUCUGGCCAUUGGUAAGCCCCUCAAGAAGGGCCAGAAAGACUGGGUGGAGUGGACGGUUAACAGGAUACUCAAUGAAGAAAUCAAGAGUCAGAACCCACACAAGAGACAGGCUUCUUGUUUCUGGCUGCUCUCGGUGGCCAAGAAGUGUGGUAGCCAUCCUUCCCUGCAGAAACGUCUUGUAGACGUCCAGGGGGCUUUCAUCGACAUGCUCUCAGAAAGUAGCGAGUUUACCCAAGAUGUAGCUUCUAAGGGUCUCAGCAUAGUGUACGAACAAAGCAACGAGGAAGAGAAGAAGGCCAUGGUGAACACAUUAGUGGAUACACUAGCAACGGGCAAAAGAACAAGCAAGAAGAAUGUGACAGGAGACACCAAGGUUUUUGAAGAGGGUGCUCUUGGAAACAAUCCAGAUGGGGGAGGCAUGUCCACAUACAGGGAGUUAUGUUCACUAGCAUCCGAUCUCAAUCAGCCUGAUCUCAUCUACAAGUUCAUGCAUCUGGCCAAUCACAAUGCUAUGUGGACCUCCAGAAAGGGGGCAGCCUUUGGGUUUGGCACCAUAGCAUCGCAGGCUGGAGAGCAGCUGAAGCCAUAUCUGGCGCAGAUCGUCCCCAAACUCUUCCGCUACCUCUACGACCCCAACGGCUCCGUCAGGGCGGCCAUGACAGGCAUCUGGGCCGCAGUGCUCAAGGACAACAAGACAGUGAUGGACACCUACUUGAAGGAGAUUGUGGAUGAUCUCUUAACCAACAUUACAAGCAGUAUGUGGAGAAACAGGGAGUCUAGUUGUUUAGCACUGAGUGAUCUUCUCAGAGGAAGGAACGUAGAUGACAUCGUGGAGCAUCUUCCAGAGCUCUGGGAGAAGUGCUUCAUGGUACUGGAUGACAUCAAGGAAUCUGUAAGGAAAGCAGCAGAAGCAGCAUGUAGAUCACUCAGUAAGGUGUGCGUUAAGAUGUGUGACCUGAACUAUGGUAAGAUCGGUCAGCGAGCAAUUACUCUGGUUCUACCGUGUCUCUUCAAAGGUCUCCCAAGCAGGGUCACAGAGGUCAGAACAUUCAGUCUUUCAACGUUGGUAGCAAUGAGUAAGAAUGCCGGUGACUCGAUCAAGCCUCACAUACCCCAGCUUGUUACGGCUCUCCUAGAGGCUCUGAGUGGGUUAGAGCCCCAGGUCAUGAACUACAUCAGCCUACAUGUAGGCAAUGAUAAAGAUGCUCAAGAAAAGCUGGAUGUUGCGCGGAUUGAUGCAAGCAAAUCCUCUCCCAUGAUGGAAACGAUUAGAAUGUGUGUGCAAUAUGUAGAUUCCAAUGUCCUCAGUGAACUAGCUCCGAGGGUCAACGACCUUAUACGUAGUGGUAUUGGUGUAGGAACCAAGGCUGGUUGCGCCAACUUCUUGAUUCUGCUGAGCCAGCAAUGCCCUCAGGAUCUAGCACCUCAUGCAGGUAAGCUGCUGGCAUCUCUGCUCUCUGGACUCAAUGAUAAGAGUAUGGCUGUGAGGAAGCUCAAUGCCUCUGCAAUAGGAAACCUUAUUAAGGUAGCCAAAGACAGCAGUACAGAGAAGUUGAUUUUGCGACUGAAGACAUGGUUCUUGGAGAAAGAUGAUGGGGACCUCCAUGAAGCAAUGGGAACGACUCUCCUGGCCAUGGCCUGGUACAACCCUGAUAUCCUGAAGAGACAUGCUGCCGUAGCCCUACCAUUGGCCUUCCUAGCCAUGCAUCAGAAGAAGGAACCUGGCAAGGACUGCAUGUGGGAAGGAGUGUGGCUCGAUACAACACCAGGCACAGAGGGCGGCAUCCGUCUCUACCUCCCGGAGAUCGUGACCAUCACUCAAGAAGGUCUGGCCUCUACAUCGUGGCCCCGCAAGGCCCAGGCUGCCCGGUCCAUGGGCACCGUAGCCACCAAGCUAGGUGCUAAGCUCCAACCACCUCAGCUGGGUCUACUCCUAGGGGCUCUCCUGGAGGGACUACAGGGGAGGACAUGGGAUGGAAAGGAUGAAUUGUUGAAGGCCAUCUCCACAGUUUGUAUAUCGUGCAAGACUGCUUUACAGAUGGAGAUAGAAAAGCAGCCAAGCAUGGAUACAGUCCUGAACGCUCUCUUCAAGGAGAGUCGCAAGGAACGGGUGGAUUACAAGAUGGCUGCCUUGGACUGCCUAGCCUCGGUACUCCAGGCUCAUGAAGCAGAUAGAUUCAAGGAACUGACGGACAUCUUGUAUUCCAUCAUCAGCAAAGAGAAGUCUGAUGAUGACAGUGACGAGGAGGAUGUAACCGACAGAGCUCGGCAGGAUGAGAAGUUGAAACUCAAAGAAUGUACUUUCAUCAACCUUGGCCUUGCAUGGCCAUCGCAAAGGGAAACACAAGAAGCAGAAGCUUCCAAGCUGUGUGAAGUUCUAUGUGAGGGUCUAGAUGGCAGCACUUUCAAGAUUCAGCUAGCCAUCGUCAAGUCCCUUCAUAUCUUCUUGCAGAGGAUCUAUCUGCUGCAGCUGGAAAUCCUUACAGAAGAUGGACUAGCCCGACUUUCAUCCAUUCUAGAAACAUUUGUACCUGCCAUUUACAAGAUGUUAGGUAUUGUGAAGUAUGCAUCCAUUAGGAAAGAAUCACUGGCUAUCCUGGAGUUCCUCAUGCCCAAAUUGGCAGAAUCCACUCGACUAUCAGUACUAACUUCCCAGCAGUCCAAGCAACUCCAGGAAGGUCUGUCAAAGGUCACAUCCGACGCAGACCCAGCAGUCCGAGAGAGGGCAGCAAACCUCAAGAAACUCAUCAAGGAGAACUUUGUCUUUGAAGAGGAGGAGGAGGAGGAGGAGGAGGAGGAUGAUGAUGAGGGAGAGAGUGGAGAAGAAGGAGGGGAGGAUGAUGGGAUGACCGCUGAGUGAGAGUUGCUCAAGAUUUCUUCUCGAGGAUGGAAAGCGCUGUACCACUGACAAGAAAAUGGAUGAUCAGCGGAUGCAGAAUGUGAGAUGGGAGAACGUGAAGUGAUGCAAAGUACCUCCAGAUGAUAGGCAAGUGUGGAAGUCUAGACAGGGGUUUGAACUUGAGUUCAACUUUCAGGUUAGACUUUUAAGUGGAGGCAGAGAGAAUGCAAAGGAGGCAAAGAAGUUGCCAGGUACGGAAACUUCUGACAUGAAAGAUGCGAUAGGAGGUAAAGGUUGAUUAAUCUUUACAAGAGAUAGAAGGAUUAGAGAGUGGAUGGGGAAGGCAGAAGCAGAGGGAACAAAAGAGAAAUGGCCGAGAGAAAAGAUAGAGAAAGGCCCUUCACAAACGAGAGAGAGAGGGACAAAAAUAGCUAUGAGAAAGAAAACUAUCGUCGGGCCAAAUUGGGGUAGUAUGUUGAGUGAAGUAUAUGAUGUUGCCAAUAAUGGCAUUAUUUUAAGAACAAGCAAAACCUUAGUGGUCUCCUUAGCUAUUUCAAAUAUUUGGUUUGGAAUGUUCUUGUUAUAUUAUUUAUCUUAUUCAAGUAUUUACCAUCUUGAAAGUCUGUAUCAAAAUAUCUAAUAUUACUUCUAAGAGAAAUCCAAAUGGUGAAAUGUUUAUUUUAGUUUAAAUGCCCCAAAUCAGUAAUAAUAAUAAUAAUAUUGGAUUCUUAUAUAGCGCACGUAUCGACCUUGCAAGGUCCUCAAGGCGCUCCAACA